ACCUCGCUGGUGUUUCUUUUCUUGCUUGCGUGUGGGCUCAUCUGACCGGCGCGACGGAUUCCUUGGCAGCUUGCAUUCAACGCAUGGAGAUAAACAAGGCGAAGAUUCUCGAAGAGAAACUUCGGGAAGCGGCCUGCUACGGCGAUGAAGACAGCGUGAUCGCGCUCGUCGAGCGCAAUGUGCGCGUCAACUCUCAGCACGACAUUAACGGAUGGACACCGCUGCACUGGGCUUGCAAGAGGGGUCACAUUGCUACCGUGCGGUACCUGCUAAGCCAGGGUGCUGACCCCACCAUAACGACAUUCAAGGGAGAGACGCCAGCCGCACUCACCGACAAUGAAGACAUCAGGGCCUUGCUUGGAGAGGCUGGACAGGGUGAUGCGCCCAUCUCCACGCCAUCGCUGCCAAUCACCCCUCACUUUCUGAGUCACCCCAGCAUGGAAUACAAGGUAGACCUGUCGGAACUCUCGCGGAACACCAGAAACGUCGACGCAGACCUUCCCGGAAAGCACAGCCUGCCCCACGACAAUGGCCAGUCAGAUUAUUCCAGUGGCCAUCAAGAAGAGACAGACCUGGUGCUCAAAGUGAGGAUCGCGUAUCUGGACGACCCGGACUUCAUCGAGGUGGAGCUGCCGAGGACAGAGCUGACAUUUGCCAACCUGCUGCGCACCUGCUGCGACGAGCUGGGUGCCGAUUUAAAACGGGUACGAAAGCUUCGCAAGCUACCAAACACCAUCCUACGCAAGGACAAGGAGGUGCAGAGGCUCUCCGACUACCAAGAGCUGGAGCUGGUGUUGGACAACAUCCAGCCAAAGCCGCAGCCGAGCGCGAAUUCAGCUCUGCCCACCGUCUCUGGAGGGAAUGUGAGCACCACCCUGAACCCUGUCGUUCACCUCGCCGGCCUGCUUUCGGGCGCCAACUACAACUCACCGCCGGGAUACCUGCCCAACGGCACCGGUGCGCCGACACCGGCACAGAUGGCAUUCGCCAAGUCAGCUUACUGCGUAAACGGAACCAUCCUCUACUGAACGAAUGGGUCCACCUAGUGUAAGGCUCAACAAUGACCUGCUUUUUUAAGUGCAGUGUUCCCGGUCGGUCAUUUCCAACUGUGUCGCUAUUGGCUGAAGCUCAUUGGCUGAGCCAGCAAGCAGAAUACCCGCAUUUCUAGCAACACAUUGGGUUUGCUACCAUGUCAUGCAAAACUGAAGGUUCAUCCGAAAGUGACCGACCGAGAAUAUGCCACUUGAGCUAAAGCUUUCCUUAUGCAAGUGUGUCUCAUGGUUAAGUGACGUGUGAGCAUGUUUCAAAGGGAUACUGACAGGAUAAUGUUCAGUUGUCACUUUUUUUGCAUCAAAUGAAAGGCUGAAAGAGCCUAGAAAAUGUGCUUGUAAGCAUGAGUGCAUCCUAAAGAAGUGAGCUAUACAUGGUACUUUCAAAGCUAGUUUCGGUUCCUACUGUUCCUCAACAUCACAACACAUAGCUUUAUUGGUGCCGCACAAGUACCCAUUUUGGUUGCUUUGGUGCCUGAUAUCAUCCUAGUUAGCUAAAGUUGUGUGUGAAGCCACCGGAAUUAGUACUGCAGCCUUACAGCAUGCUAGUGUCAAUGUCAGUAGCUGCGUCAUGCAAGAAUAGAUUUUAAUGUCAAAAUAAAAUGUCUUAUAAGCAUUUUCUGAGCUUGACUCUUGCUCAGAGCUGUCUGCGCACAGAAUAGUUAUGUGGCAGAGUCACUUCACCUUCGAAAAUUGGUGUCAGUAUCCCUUUCACGACGGAUUGGCAAAUGCUUGGAUGAGCAUUAACGGGGUGUUGCCGAGUGAUGGUAAUGGCACCAUCUAGUCACUGCUGACCAGCACCUGUGUGCUGGCUAAUUAUGGUGCCUAAUUGAGCUUAGGUUGAGAACACUGUUUUAUCAAGGAUAGGAAAAGGUGCGUGUGAGUUAGUAACAAUCGAGAGGUAUUCGUGCUGUGGGCUGUCACCACUUGUCUGCACUUGUGCACCAACAUGGAAUGAGUGAUGCAAUAGACGAGGAAGUUACAGAUCACUGUACUUAACCACUACUUGCCCUUGGGCUAGUCCCAACGAUUGACAGAUUGACGGCCAAGGCAUUGACCAACCACAGUUUCUGUGCGAUCAUUCCAUAGCUGUGCCACGCAAGGGUCUGUGAAUAUUCGAAAAUUCCUGAUGUCAAGUCGUAUGGUGUCCGAUUCAAUACGAUCUUCGAAUCAAAUUGACAUUAUUCAUGAAUACAAGCCUCUUAAUGUGUCAACUGCACCUUAAUAACUGCAACAUUGAUACAAGUGCACGGUAAACUUUACACUCAUGGCAAUAGCACAGGCACGAAACACAGGAGCUUAUGUAGUGUAGCGGGCUACGUCACUCGCGGAGCCGGACUUUAUCAUCUGUACUACAAUUUUGUGUUCUCGCUGAGAGAUUGUGUACAUCUGAAGAACCUCUGUAUUCGUUCGUGAUGCUCCAUUUACGAUCUUAUCGCUAAGAAUAUGAAUGCUGCAUUGCGAACAUUACAUUGUACUAAUUUUAUAAUGAUGUUCUUGUAAGUAUAAGUUUGCCCAAAUAAAAACACAUGUUCACAGGAGAAGGUAUACAGACAAGUGCGAAAUGGCUGUUCAGUAUUCGGAGAACGAUUUAAAUUCUCUUUGCUACUGUUCAAUCUCUUUGCUACUGUUCAAUUUGUAUUAAAUUCUGUUCCGAAUGUUGCCACUUGAACACGCCUGUCAUGGCUGACAGCCCCGGCACCACUUCAAUAUGAACAGCCACAAGGCUUUAUCAAAUGGAUAAUCGGUGUCACAGCGGCUUAACCCUCGGGUGUUGAUUGCAUAGGUGUGUACAAACGUCACCCAAGCUAUGGUAAGAUCAAAUGUCAAAGAGACACUUCAACGCCGUGCUGUCUUAUCGUAGGAUGAUGUUACUAUUAUACUCUGCCAAUGAGAACUAACAAUGAUGCCAAUGAAAGUAUAGGGACUCUCCUAGCUCACGAAUCUCUGGCCGCAAACGUUUUUCUAGUCUGUCGAGUACAAGCAGAGUUAUCACGUAUUAUUACAGCACAUGCGCCUUAUCUUUCGGCUUAUGUCACUGUGGACGUGCUGGAAGCUACACAUGACGAGAAUCCCGUACGUGGCCCAAGAGUUAUAUCACUAUGUGCCAUGUAUUUCAAGACAGUUAUCGUUUUACCACGAAAAUAUUUUAUUCCGGUGUCUAUCAAGAACCAGUUUGACUUCUGUUGUGUAAGUGGCAUCAAUAAAAGGGCACGUAAACAGGUUGGAUGUAAGCU